AUGAAUAUGUCCGCUCUAAGAUUCUUAGUGAUUCUGGGGCAAGGCGACACAGUGCAAAACGACACAGUGCAAGACGACACAGUGCAAGACGACACAGUGCAAGACGACACAGUGCAAGACGACACAGUGCAAGACGACACAGUGCAAGACGACACAGUGCAAGACGAUUCAGUUCAAGCCAACUCAGGGCACCACGACACACUGCAAGAAGACUCAGCUCAAGACGACUCAGCAAAAGAAGAAUCAAUGCAAGAAAACUCAACGCAAGACGAAAAAAUACAAGUCCGCGAGACAGCACUGUCCGUAGAUAACACAGAAAGAUCACUAGAGGAAACGAAGGCUGCUUCACAAAGACCUUGCCCGAAAUUCACACGCGCGAGACGCCUCUUCAAGCACUUGCUACCUAAAGAUGUGGAGUACAUCAGAACACACGACGCACUCACUUUAUGCUUACGGAAUCUCAAAUAUGACCGAGAGAAGGAGAUUUAUACACAAAAAGUGGAUGCCUCUGGAGAAAACUUUGAAGAAACAGUUCAGGCGACAGCUGGAAGAAUACUUCAGGAGAUGAUUUUUGAUAAUUCAUUUGCUGAGGCCAUAUUCAACAUAUGGAAGGAAUGUGAGCAACCUCUCACCGGGAAGGUAAUAUUAGAGCGAUUCAUAAGCAGCGACUCGCCCCUUCCAACUGACUGUGCCGUAUUCCUUCUUGCUGUUACUGGAUUAAGGGCGGAGUACUUACUGUCCGGAGAACUGAUACAUGACUUUCUCCAACUAUGGGAUACUGUUUAUGUGUCUUCAAACAAUAUUCACUUUGGUUAA